CCUUGGUAUUUCCGAAAUACAAAGGUAAUCUGUGAGUUGUUUAUGUUUUGAACUUCGAAGAAUGUUCGGAAGGUUUGUUAGCAGGUUGUGGAGCUAUGGACGUUUGAGGAAUUAUUCAACGGAUGGUGGUGGCAUUAAAUACCAUGGAUUCACGUAUUACCCAAGGUUUCCAGACUUCAAGGACCCACCUUAUGAACCAUCAAAACUUUUUAUGGUGCAACGUGUGAAAGCUCUCAAAGGCCGCCCUUACUGGGAGAAAAAUAUGAUGAAGGAAAUUGGUCUGGCUGGAAAGAGGAGUGAUAUUGUUAUCAUGAAGAACAUACCAGAGAACAACGCUCGCCUUUGGCAAGUUAAACAUCUAGUUAAGAUAACACCCAUUACAUGCCCAAAUGGUCUUCCACCUGAUGGUGACUACAGUGGUACAUACCUUAAGGAAAAUGGUGAAUUCGUAGUUACACCGAAGCUGAAAGUGCCACAAGAACAGGAAACAGCACUUGAGGUUUUUCAGAGUAAGAAGGACAGACUUGAUGGAGAAACCUUGCGGAAGCACUUACGGCUUAAAUGGCUGAAUCCUUGGUGACCUGUGAUUGUGUAUUGUUGUAUUAUACUUUUAAGUAAUUAUUAAUUGUAAUAAACAGCUUAUGUCAACUUUGGCAGA